AUGGCGACCUCAGUUCCCAGCCCCAGUUCACCUCUCCAAUCCGAGGAUCUCUUAAGUGAUUCCUCAGAGCCCCCUGUGCUGAACCAAGUGUCCUCUGAAGUGUCCUCCCAGCUCUAUACUUCUCUGCGCCUCAGUCGCCAGGCCGAAGCCACAGCCCGAGCCCAGCUGUAUUUACCCCCUUCUUCCCCGCCUCCUCACGAGGUGUUGGAGGGCUUGGCCCAAGAGCUGAGUUGCAACUUGUCUGUCGGAUUGGACAACAACUCGAAGAAAAAGGAUGGUUCCAUACAUAUCUUUGAGAUGGAAAGUGUCCGGGGUCAGCUCCAGAACAUACUCCAAAGCUCACGUGAUGCUGCCUAUCGGGACUCCCUUACUCCAGGUGCCAGCUCCCAGAGACGAGAAGAAGACUCCUUUGACAGUGACAGCACAGCUACAUUGCUCAACACUCGGCCUUUGCAAGACUUAUCUGCAUCUAGCUCAGCUCAAGCCCUGGAGGAGUUGUUUCCCCGCUACACCAGCCUUCGGCCAGGGCCACCAUUCAAUCCUCGAGAUUAUCAGGGCCUGAGAGAUGCGUUGGAUUCAGAGCACACCCGUCGAAAGCAUUGUGAGCGCCAUAUUCAGAGCCUGCAGACCCGAGUACUAGAGCUGCAGCAACAGUUUGCCGUGGCUGUGGCUGCUGACCGCAAGAAGGACAUCAUGAUUGAACAACUGGACAAGACCCUGGCUCAUGUGGUGGAGGGCUGGAACCGACAUGAGGCCGAGCGGACAGAAGUGCUUCGAGGACUUCAAGAGGAACGCCAGGCAGCUGAACUAACCAGAAGCAAACAGCAGGAGACAGUAACCCGCCUGGAACAAAGCCUAUCUGAGGCCUUGGAGGCCUUAAAUCGUGAGCAGGAAGGUGCCAGACUGCAGCAACGGGAAAGAGAGACACUGGAAGAGGAAAGGCAAGCCCUGACUUUGAGCUUGGAGCUCGAACAGCAGCAAUGCUGGGUCCUUCGGGAAGAACGGGAUGAGGCUCGGGCCGGGCAGCUCAGUGAACAUCGACAGCUGGAGAUGCUUCAGGCUGCCCUGGAAGAAGAGCGGCAGACAUGGGCCCAGCGAGAGCACCAGCUUGAAGAUUGCUGUCAGGCACUGCAAGAAGAAGGAAAGGCUCAGCUGGAAAAGGAGAAGGGAAAUACUCAGAGGGAAGCCCAGGUAGCCCGGGAGGCACAGCAGCAAUUGGCAUUGAUGCAGUCUGAGAUGCAGCACUUGAAAGGAGAGCUGGACACAGCACGGAGAGAGCGAGAUGCCUUACAACUGGAGAUGAGCUUGGUGCAGGCUCGGUGUGAAAGCCAGCGGAUCCAGAUGGAGUCAGAGCUGGCUGUGCAGCUUGAGCAGCGGGUGACAGAGCGGGUGGCACAGGCUCAGGAGAGCAGCCUCCGGCAGGCCGCCUCUCUCAGGGAGCAUCACAGGAAGCAGCUGCAGGAGCUCAGUGGGCAGCACCAGCAGGAGUUGGCCACUCAGCUGACUCAGUUCAAGGUGGAAAUGGCUGAACGAGAGGAAAGGCAGCAGCAAGUGGCUCAGGAUUAUGAGCUCAGACUGGCCCGGGAACAGGCACGUGUGCGGGACCUGCAGAGUGGAAACCAGCAGCUGGAGGAACAGCGGGUGGAGCUGGUAGAACGACUCCAAGCAAUGCUGCAGGCCCACUGGCAUGAAGCCAACCAGUUGCUUAGUGGCACUGUCCCACCUCCAAAUUUCCAGGUUCCGACCACUGGCCCCUCCAGCCCCAGGCCUCAGGAACCAGAGCAGGAGGAGAGGACGAUGUGGACUGUGCCUCCUGUGGCUGUGGCCCUGAAGCCUGUACUUCAGCAAAGCCGGGAGACAAAGGAAGAACUGCCCAGGGUGCCACCUGUUCUCUGCAGCUCUUCCUCGGAUCUUAGCCUUCUUUUGGGUCCCAAUUUCCAAAGCCAACAUUCCUUCCAGCCCCUAGAGCCAAAGCCAGAUCUUACCACCUCUACAGCUGGAACAUUUUCCUUUGCAGUUGGGGCCUUUGAUCUUGAUCACAGGGCAGAACGGCCAUUCCCUGAGGAAGAUCCUAGAAUCCAUGGAGAUGGCUUCCUAAAGCAAGGUCUGCCGCCCUCCCCUCAGCUGGAUGGCUUCAAGCAUUUUUUGCAGCAGUUGCUGGAGACAGUACCCCACAACAGUGACAAUACUUCUCUUGACUUAUUGCCCCCCAAGUCUGGUCCUCUACCUGUCCCAUCUUGGGAGGAAGCACCUCCAGUGCCACGCCUUCCACCCCCUGUCCAUAAAACCAAAGUUCCCUUAGCCGUGGUGUCCAGUCUUUUUCGGGUACCUGAGUUUCCACCAACACAUUCACAGAGCAGUGAUCCCAGUGGUGGCUCCCCAGAGGGAGGUGGAGAUGGGCUGCCGUCACCUAAGCAGCUGGUGGAGAUGUCUCAACUACUGCAACUAUACCAAGCCCGGGGCUGGGGGACACUGUCUGCUGAGGAUCUGCUGCUCUACCUGAAGAGGGUGGAGCACAGCAGGUACAAGCUGGGGAGCGGGCAGGAAGGGUCAGAAGAAUGGCAUCUGGGUUGUGGGAGGUGGAGUGUGGCUGAGGGCCAAGGGGAUAAUAUCCCUCGAAGGAACACCGACUCACGCUUGGGUGAGAUCCCUCGGAAAGAGAUUCUCUCCCAGGCUGUCCCUCGCCGCCUUGCUACAGUCCCUAAGACUGAAAAGCCUCAGGGACGGAAAAAAAGUGGGCACCCUGCCUCAAGUAAUGUGAGGAGCCGGGGGGGAAUCUGGCGAUAG